ACAUCAAAAUUAAGGGAAAGUUUUAUACCUAGAGAUUACACAAAAAGAAAAUAUUACUUAUUCAUCAGUUUCAUCUUAGAAACCAAAUCAAACCAAACCCAGCCAAACAAACAAUAAAAUGAAUAAAAAUGAUACAAAAUCAACUACAUUUCAAAAAUCCACAUUACGUAAAAAGCCUAAACAAAAUGCUGAAAUAGAAAAAAAUGAUGAAUAUAAUUUUAUUCAUAGUUAUGGAGAAAUACAUUUUCCUGGAUGUGAAGAACCUGUGAAAUAUAUUCGUACAGAUCAACGUAAUACUCAAGAACAAUGGAAGCGUAUUUUAACUGAAAAAUGGAAUUUGAAACCACCAACAUUAAUUAUCAGUAUUCUUAGUUCACAUGCUGAAUUAACUAAACGUUUUAAGAAUACAUUGAAAAAGGGUUUAUGGAAAGCAGCUGAAGGUUCAGGAUGUUGGAUUAUAACCGAUGGUUUUGAUCAUGGAAUGACAAAAGUUGCAGGUGAAGCGGUACGUGAUUACACUGAAGCUUACGGAAGUGAUCAUAUGAUAAUGGUUGGUGUUGCGCAUACUGAACGAGUGACUUAUCAAGAAUUAUUUGAUUUAGCUAAUCAUGGGAUAAAGAGUAAAGAUAUUUCUUCAAAUGUAUUAUACCCAGAUCCUUUAUCUGAUGAAGAAACAGAUGAUAUUACAAAUACAGCAACUACUUCAAUGGAACCAGAUUUAUGGCAGUUCAAUGAAUCUGGUCAACAAAUCGACAAUUCUGCUAUUAAACUGUCUAAUAAAUCACUUACUAAAACUUAUCGUUUAAAUUCGAAUCAUCAAUUUUUGAUACUUAUCGAUCCAAUACUUAAACAAGAUCAAACAUUGGAAGAUCGACUAUUAGAAACUCGUGUUCUGUUAGAGCGUACUAUAAUAACAUGGGCAAAGCCAUCUUCACGUUCCACAUGUGAGGGCAGUGGUUCAGCAAAGACCAGUAGUCAGUCCAUAUUAAAUAAAAGUAAAAAGUUACGGAAAAAAGAACAAAAGUUUAAAAACACAGAAAAAUCUUUCCUUCCAAUUAUAACUGUUACUCCAAGACCAUCUGCUACACUCCCAUCCUUAGGUGAUGGUCUUGUAGGUCAAACAAUCAGACGACAAAGUCACCUGUAUACAUGUUCACAAAUUGAGAAAAAAGCAGGAGUUAAAGAUUCAUUUCAAAAGAAUGAGUUGAAUGAAAAUCAAUUGGUUGAUAAAGAAAUCAAUAUAUUACAGAAUAUAUCGCAGGAUGAACUUAAUUCAACUAGUCAGACAACUGCUAGAGUUCCAAUAUGUGGAAUAGUUGGAGGUGGGAAUACGACUACUUUAGAUCAAAUUUAUGCUUCAGUGACAUUGAAUCGUUGUCCAAUGGUACUUGUUCGAGGUACUGGUGGUGUAGCUGAUAUCUUAUCGAAUGUUCUAGACUUUAUGAGUUUUAGGAAUACACUAGAAGAGACUUUUACAGAUCAAGAAAUUGAUUAUAAAAUAGCUAGUAUCAUACAAGAAGUUCAUGAAGAUGCUCGAAGUAACAAACGUGGUAGACCAUUGAAAAAAUCUGAUAAAUCAACAAAAAAUAACGGGAAAUUAACAACAAACAUUACAAUCAAUCUACCAACUGAUAAUUCAGGUAAACCAUCAACAACUAGAACUGAACAAAUCACAAAUACAAUGAUUAAUAUUAAAGAAUAUGAAUCACAAGUGUAUCGAAUAAAAGAAUUAGCCGAUGAUUAUGCGCAUUUAUUUUCGAUAUUUGAAUAUGAUGAUAUUGACUUAGAUGGUUAUAUGAUAUCAGCAUUAUUAAGUAGUGCUGGAAUUGAUCGACCAAAAAAUGAAUUGAACCUUGAUCAACUAGAAAUAACUAUACGCUUGAAUCGAGCUGAUAUUGCACGAACAAAAAUCUUUCUUGAAGGUAAACGUUGGAAAAAAGGUGAUUUAAAUGAAUUCAUGUUCAAUGUUAUUUUAAAUGAACAAACGGAUUUUGUUCGAUUAAUUUUGGAAAAUGGAUUUAAUUUAGAUGAUUUUCUUACUGUUCAUACAUUAGAAAGAUUAUAUACUGAAUGUUUAAAAAAGACUGAUUAUAAAUCAAGAUUAUUACAACAAUUAUGGAAAAGUUCUAGAAUUUAUAAAAUGGAUUGGGUUAUGCUUAGAGACAUUGGUAGAAUUAUUAAAAAUUUAUUAGGAGAUUUUUAUCAUCCAUUUUAUUUAUCAAAACGUUUUCAACAUUCAGUUGUAGAACAUGGUUAUUGUGAAUCAAGUGAUGAUGAAGCAACUAAUGAUAAUUUAUAUGAUGAUUAUGAAAAACAACCAGGCAAAAUAAUCACAUCAACAUCAACAUUGAAAGCUGUUGAACCUAUACCGUUAUCAUUCAAUGUCGAUGAAAAAUCUGAUGCUGAAAAAUCUGAGGAUCAUAUUGUUGACCAUGAAGGAAACCCCGUUCAGUCUGAACAAAUAUCUCAAUCUCAUAAACACAUCAGAAAACCCGAAAAGAAUGACAAAUCAAAGCAAAAAUUAAAUCAGCAAUGUGCCAAUGAAAAAUCUGAAGAUACAGAAGAUAUUACAAGUUAUACAUCAUCGAAUAAUUCAUCCGAAACAAAAUUAAUCAAAUCAUCACGACAUCAAACAAAGUCUGGUAGAUCAGUUAGCGCUGAUACAAGAAGAGAUUUUAGUGAUGAUAGAACUAGUAGAUCAAAAAAAUCAGCAGUGAAUAAUAACGUCCAAGUAUCAUCAUCAUCAUCAAUUAAUAGACGAAGAUAUAUUGUCAAGCCAAUAGUUGGCACGAAUAACAGUAGGAAUUAUUAUUAUCAAAAUGAUUAUUAUUCAUAUUCUGAUAAUUAUGAAAAUGAUCAAAAUGGUGUAAUGAAUGGUACAAUAAUGGGUAAAAAACGUCUUAUCACUACAUCACAACAUUCUAAUGAUACACAUAAUUUCGUACCAAAAGCUAAAGAAGAUAGUUUUCCAGAUAGAUCAAUUUCUAUUACAAAUGAAAAGAAACUUUCGGCUAAUUCAAAUGGCUUGAUUUCAUCAUAUCAAGAAAAUGCUGCAGUCAACAUCAUAGUUCAAUCUCAUUCUUCAAUUCAGUCGAGCAAAACAGAAGUAUCUGUUGUCACUGAUGCGACUAUUAUUGAUGAUCAAGCUAGCGAUCAUCUUCAAUAUCAACAACAGCCUCAGAAUAUAACUGGAUCGCAUGAUCAAUCAAUCAGUAGUAUAUAUCAGACAACAACUCUUAGUAAACAAAUAUCAUCUAAUAAAAAUAAUAAAUUUCCUGUUCAACGUGUUGCACAUUCCAUUUUACAUCCAUUAACUGAUCCCGAGAAAGCACGUCUACGUUUAAGAGAGAUUGAACGACAAACAAUAGAACGUAAACGUGAAAAAGAACGCAAGCGAAGACAUAGAAUAGCUCAAGAAAAAUUCACAAUUAUGGAACGUUUAACUGGUCAAGCUAAGGCUGAACGACUUGAAGAGUUGAAGCCAUCCAAACUUGCUAAUUUUAGACAUACUAGUACAGUAAAAUUUGAUAGACCAGCUAGAGAAUUAAUGAUGAUGUGUAUAUUACUCGGAAGAUUUGAAAUGGCUGAAAUAUUCUGGAAUCAAGAGAAGGAGCCGAUUGCAGCUGCAUUGGUUUUAUCGAUUAUAAUUGCUGAAUUAGGACAAAAGUCAGAUGAUGUUGCAAAUAAAGAAGAGUAUGAAGAGAAUGCUCGAUCUUUUGAAGACAAAGCUGAUCAAGUGCUUGAAGAGUGUUAUCAAGAAGAUCGUGCACGUACUUUGAUUCUUUUAUAUAGAAAAUUAGAAUUCUAUGGUAAUACUUCGGUGAUACGUUUGGCUGCACGUGGAAAAUGCAUACGAUUUAUGGCAAAUCCAUGUUGUCAAGAUUUACUAUCAGGUGUUUGGUCAGGGCGUUUAUCACCUAAAAAUACAUGGAUACAACUAGUUCCCGCUAUUAUAAUGGGAAUAUCUAUCCCUUUUAUUAUUCCACAAUUUAUAAAAUAUUCAACUUCAUUUGAAAGUGGUAAUUCACCUAUCGGUCAAACAAAAACUGAUCAGGAUGAAAAUAAAUCACGAUCGGAUGUGGAAAAUUUAGUUAAACCUCAACGUCAAUCAAUUCAUUUAGAUAAACCAAUUACAUUAGGAACAAGAAUCAGUUCUCAAAUUGAACGGAUUCAAAUAUUCUAUCAAGCUCCAAUUAUACGAUUUGUUUAUAAUACGAUAUUCUACUUGUUGUUUCUGAUUGUCUUCAGUAAAACACUUCUAACAUCAUUGACAUUGAGUUUUUCUUAUUUAGAUAUUUUUACAACUUUAAUGGUUGGAUCAUUUCUAUGUGAAGAAUUAAAACAAGCUUUUGGUCCUGGUUCAAGUUUUAAAGAAUAUAUCAGUGAUGGUUGGAAUAAAUUAGAUUGUCUUGCUAUUAGUUUAUAUAUUAUCGGUUUAAGUGUUAAAAUUCAUGCUUAUUAUAAUUUAUUAUAUGAACAAAUUAAUCAAUUAAAUAAUAAUAAUAAUGAAUUAUUUAAUCAUUUUAAUCAAUCAAUUAUAUCAGAAUUAAAUCAUUUAUAUAAUGAAAAUUUAAUCAAUAAUCAAUAUAAUUUAAUCAAUAAUUCAUUCAAUUUAUCGAAUGAACAAAUGAUAAUCAAUAAAUCAAUAAAAAUAAUGAAUAAUAAUGAUAAUAAUAAUAAUAAUCAAUAUUUAUUCAAUAAUUGGUCACCUGAUUUAUCAUAUUAUAUAUUAACUAAUGAUUUAUUUACAAUAUCACGUAUAUUUUAUUCAUUUAGUUUAUUUGCAUUUUAUGUAAGAUUAAUGUAUAUAUUUAGUUUUAGUAUUGUACUUGGACCAAAAUUAAUUAUGAUUAAUAGAAUGGUAGUUCAUGAUCUCUUACCAUUUCUACUCAUUCUUUUGGUAUGUCAAAUCGGAUAUGGGAUCGCAUUUCAAUCAAUUUCGUUCGCUAAUGGAUAUUACAGUGAUUAUGAACAAGAAAAGAUGACUAUAAAUUCAACAUAUCAGUCUAAACCUGGAAUACGUAGUCUUUAUGAUGUAAUUAUGACAUCAUAUUUUCAAAUGUUGGGUGAAUUUCGUUUAGACGAUUUAGCUGGCGAUGGUUCAUCUUGUCGUGACAAUGGAAUGUGUCCACAAACUUCAUCACGUCGUUUAACUAUAAUUAUGUUAAGUGCAUUUAUUUUAUUAACACAAGUACUUAUGUUCAAUUUAUUAGUUGCAACAUUCACUUCAACAUAUAACGAAAUUGAAGGGUCUGCUCAAUAUUUUUGGUGUUAUCAACGUUAUGAAAUGAUACAAGAAUUUGUUGAUAGACCAUCUGUUGCAGCACCAUUUAUGUUACUUUGGUAUUCUGUUGAAUUUACUGGAUUCUUAUUCAGUUUAAUCGGUGGUACUUUAUUUGAUCACCCUAUUGAAGAAAUCAAAGAUGAUGAUCCAUUUUGUAGAAGUCUACACACCAAUCCAACAUUAGAUAGUAAAUUAACUAAAUGGGAGCAUAUGAUGGGUACUCGAAGAAUUAAAGCCGAUACAGAUGUAGGCGGUGGUCGUAAAUGGACAGGAAGAUCACAUGGUGAUACACAUGCAAUUGUAUUACGAUCUAUAAUAAAAAGUUUAACGCCAACAAAUGGUAAACGACUUGUUGGUUGGGGUAAAUCAAACAAGAAAGAUAAUAAAAAUUUAUUAAUGACAGCUGUCUGUGCAGCAGUUACUGGUCUCGAUUCACACUGUACGAUUAUUGAAGAGAAAAUUGAAGAGAAGUUAAGAAUUGAAGAACAAUGCGUCAAAGCUAUUUUAACAAGAAGCAAUGGUGAUGAACUUGAAGUAGAUACAGUUCUAACACCACGUAAAGGACCACCAUCACGUGGUCCACGUGCAGCUCCAGCAUCUGGUAAAAUUUAUGAACGCCUCAUUCUAAGUCAUCGACUAUGGCGUAUAGUUCCAUUUAAUUUUGAAAUAUUCCCUGGAAUUAGAAUGAAUGUACCACACGAUAAAAUAAACUGGAAAAUUCCAUACGAUACAUAUCGAACAUUCACCGUAACAGAUGAUAGAAUUGCUUUACCAUAUCCAGAAUUAGAAGAUGGACCAGAAGUUUCACCACAAACACUGCCAUACAACAGUUAUGAUAUUGUGAAAGGCGUAAGUCGAAUGUCAUUACGUGGUCGGGUACGAAUAGUAAGGCAAACAGAUCAUAUAACUGAUCCUAGGACAACUAACGUGACAUCAAAAACUGCACCCACCAAAGCAACAGCAAAGUUAUCUGAAUAUAUUCCUGUUGGUUAUCCAUUGAAUCCAUGUGGACGUACUGGUUUAACUGGUAAGGGUCUACUACCACAUUGGGGACCUAAUCAUUGUAUUAUUAUUGCAAUUACAAGACCAGAUCCAGAUCAUAGAUUCUAUGAAAGUUUACCACUUAUUCAAGUUGGGUUACUUCAGAACAAUCAACAAUUAUGUUUACCGUGGUAUUUAACUGAUCAUCGAGAAGAUUGUGAUUUUCAAGAUUGUAGUGCUAAUGUUAUACGUGCAUUCAUUCAACGUCGUUUAAUGAAUUUAUUUGAAGAUAAACACCAUCAACAAUCGGUGUUGACAAGUUUAAGAGCUGCUAGUGUUUCAAUUGCCUAUACUGGUUAUAUAACUGAUCAUUUGAAUGCUGAUCAUGCAUGGAUUGAAGGAGUUUUAUUUAAUAUACAUGAGAAUGAAGAACAUCCAUUUCAACAGGAAUUUUUGCAGGUAUUCUUAGAAUCUGAAACUAGUGAGCAAGCAAUAUGGAUGAAUGUAGGUCGUCUAACAGGAUUACGUUCCAGUCAUGAUGAAUUAUUAGCAAGAAUUGCAUUACACCGUAGUGCAUUUUAUAGUGAAGCGAUGGCUAAACGACAAUUGUAUCCAACAUCUUGA